GUAACUAUUUCGCUGGCAUCAUGCUCGGUCUGCAGAAAAGCCUGCUCCUUCAUCUUCUGGCAUGCCUCGGAAAGCUCGCACAUGGAAGUCACAUCAUAGAUGGUAAAAAAGCCCCAGAGAACUCGAUGCAGUACAUGGCCUCUGUGCAGAACAACAACAGUCACCAUGUUUGUGGAGGAUUUCUCAUCACUGAAGACUUUGUAGUCUCGGCUGCACACUGUAAUAAAUACAACCCCACAUACGUUGUUCUCGGCAACCACAAUCUCAAGAACGGCAAUCAUCAAAAAAUAAAGAUUGAAAACAAAAUCAUCCAUGAAAAUUAUCAACAGAUUGGACAGGGUAAUGACAUCAUGCUGAUUAAAUUGUCUGAGAAGGCUCAUCUAGGCCACAUGGUACGAACAAUUCAGCUUCCACCUGAAGAAAUACACCUUCAAGAAAACCAAGUGUGUCAGGUGGCUGGAUGGGGAAAAACUAAAACUGAUGCUAAUAAACCUGUUGAUGAGCUGAUGGUGGUGGACGUGUCUGUCAUUGAGAAACAAGUCUGUGAGGACCAGUGGGGUCAUCUUCCUGCCAACGUUGUCUGUGCAGGUGGAUAUGGCACAGACAAAGGAUUCUGUCAGGGUGAUUCUGGGGGACCUCUGGUGUGUCAAGGGUUAGCUGUUGGCAUUGUUUCUUAUAACCACAAUGGUAUCUGCAAUUACCCAGAGGAGCCCAACGUCUACACCGACAUCACAAAAUACGUUCAAUGGAUCAACAAAACUGUGACUGGCAGAAACAGUUUGGUGUAAAAGUUCGUCUUUUGCAUACUGAAACUUAAACAUUUUGAAGUGGUUUUCUCUGCUUGCUUUGUCAUCGUGACCAAAAAAUGGAA